AUGCGGCCCCGCCGCCUCCUGCCGCCGCUGCCGGUGCUGCUGCUGCUGGUGGCCGCGGGCGGGCGGCGGGCGCGGGAGGUGCUGCUGAAGGUGCAGGUGUACGAGAGCGGGACGCUGGCCCCGCUGGCCCAGGCCACCCUGGACGUCUUCGGCAACCGCAGCUCGCUGGCGGCUGGCACCACCGACCACGAGGGCACCGCCGUCCUGCCCGUCCCCUACCGCCUGGGCACCUGGGUCCUCGUCACCGCCGCCCGCCGCGGCUACGUCACCGCCUCCGUCCCCUGGCGUGUCAGCAAGCUGCCGCUCUACGCCUCCAUCAGCCUCUACCUGCUCCCCGAGCGCCCCGCCACCCUCAUCCUCUACGAGGACCUGGUCCAAAUCCUCCUGGGAUCCCCAGGUGCCCGGGGGCAGCCGUGGGCGCAGUUCCCACGGCGGGCAGCCCGCCUGCCCCGCAGCUCCACGUACAGCCAGCUCGCCGCGUCCCUCACCGCCGCCACCGGCCCCAGCCUGGCCCGUGCCUUCCCCGCCUUCCUCGGGGCCGAGCAGGACGGCAGCGCCAAUGCCACCUGGCUGGAGCUGGCGCCCGUGGCGGCUCUCAGCGUCCAUCUCUUCACCGGGAACGGGACGGAGGUGCCGCUGGCCGGCCCCGUCCAUCUGUCCAUCCCUUUGGCCCCCGACGCCGGGCCCGUGGUGGCCCCCAGCGUGCCAGCCUGGAGGUUUGACCCCAAGAGCGGGCUGUGGGUGCGGAAUGGGACGGGACUGAUCCGGAGGGAAGGCCGGCAGCUCUACUGGACCUUCGUCUCCUCCCAGUUGGGAUACUGGGCAGCGGCUCUGCCCUCUCCCAGCACAGGGCUGGUGGCAAUGGCGGCGGGCGUGACGGACAUCACCACCUACCACACCAUCUUCCUGCUCACCAUCCUGGGCGCGCUGGCCCUGCUCGUCCUCAUCCUCCUCUGCCUCCUCAUCUACUACUGCAGGCGGCGGUGCCUGAAGCCGCGGGCACAGCACCGCAAGCUGCCGCUGCCGGGGCCGCUGGACGCCGCCCGACGGGACCAGGCCACCUCGGUGUCCCAGCUGGACCUGCUCUGCGGUGGCAGCCACCUGGAGACGGCGUCCUCGGGGGGGGACACCGACCUCCCCACCCCCGGUUUACCCCCCCCCCACCCGUGACCUCCCCACCGCCCGGCCGGACUUCUUCCAACCACCGGCCCCCCCUCAGCUGCGCACCGGGCCCCGGACCCCCGCCGGCACCCUGGCCCCCCGCCGCCGCCAGCCCCCCGCACCGGAGGACUAUGGGCGCCCCGCCAACCGAGCACCCGCUGCCCGAGCCCCCCCCCUCGCCCGCCCUCGCUGGCCCCCCCGGGUCCCCUCCUCCUCUGCGGCCCCCUGGACCGGGGUGGGGGGCCGGAGGAUGUCUACAGGGGGGUGAUGCCCACCCUCCUCAUCCCCGCCCGGUACAUGCGCCUGGCCCCCGGCGAGCCGGAGGGUCCCCCCGAAAGCGAUGGGGGACCCGGUUCGACGGCGGCGACGGCCGCCCCCCCAGCCCCGCCAUCCGCUGGGCAACCAUUUGAGGAAGGGGAAAACUGGGGGGGGGCUCGUGCCCCCCAACCGGUCAGCGGCUCGGUGGCCAUCCCGGUGCUGCUGGACGGGUCGGCGGUGGCUCAGCUCAACGGGGAGCUGCAGGCGCUGGCGGGGCAGCAGUUACUAGAAUUGGGGGGGCCCCCCCCGCCAAGAGCUUGGUUCGUCUCCUUGGACGGCCGAUCCUCCCAGGUGCGGCAUUCCUACAUCGACCUGCAGGGCGGCGAAAGGGGGUCCGGCCCCGCGCCCCCCCCCCGCCUCCCCCGGGGAGUCGGAGGUGGGGGGGAGGACGGAGGGCCCCGACCCCCCCUCCCCGUCGCCUCCCCCGAGGACAGCUCGCUGGCCCCCUUGCUGAAGCGGGGAGCGGGGGGCGGCGAGGGGGGGGGCAGCGGGCGCAGCAGUGCCAGCGAAGCCCCCCGAGACUCCCUGACCAGCCCCGAGGAGGAGGCGCUGGCGGAGGCGGGGGACGGGGGGGACGAGGGGGGCGACCGUAAGAGCCCCUGGCAGAAGCGGGAGGAGCGGCCGCUGAUGGUCUUCAACGUCAAGGCGGGGGGGGCCAGCAGUGCCCCCCGGGCCAGCGGUGCCUCCAAGCUGCCGUAGGAGCCGGGGUGGGGUGGGGGGGGGCCCU